AUGCCCUCUAUCGCAUCACUCCCAAUCCAACAUCCUUCUUGGACCUACCUUACUCUCGCACCCAUUCUUGCCCUAGGAGCGUUGUCCCCAACGCCUUCUUUACCCCCUCUCGUCCUGCUACUCGCAAUAUUGCGCCUGCAUGCGGGUACUAUCGUUCCACGACGCAACUGGUCCGGUGGGGCUAAACAAAUCAUCUUGAUUACCCUUUCCAUAGCUAUAGCGCACGCGGGAUCAUCCUUGCACGCUCUGUCAACGCCGUCCAUCUCACUUUUUGUAUUGGCAUUGAUCUCUACAGUGACAACUGUCAUCGCUGCAUCUGCAGUGGCCCUCGGGUACUACCUCGAACGCGCCUUUCGCACUUCAUGGGCUCUCGCCACAGUCUUUCCAGCCACUUGGGCUACCGCUUGGGCUCUAGUUGAGUACUGCAGCCCGAUUGGCCAGCUCGCAACCUGGAGUCCGGUCGUCCAGGUUGGAGGAUACGCGUGGCUCAGGCACGUCGGUGGACAGGUCGCAAUCAACUGGGUGGUUGCGGCCUGGGCUGUCGUCUUCGCGGAUGCGGCUGGAAAAUGGAUAGUAGGGUCAAGCGACGAGGAGGUAAUCGUGACCGCCGCUCCUCACCUCAUCUCUGUGGCUGAAGACGAUUUUCCUGCCGUCGAGGUCACUCCUCCUACUCCCAAUGCCAAUGGCACCACCGCAACAAGCUACGAGCCAUCGCGUAGCCCGAGUUCAACGCAUCUCCUAACGGGGCUGUUACUCGCCCUGGCCGUCCCUUCUUACUUCACAUCCGACUUGCCCACUCAUGUCGCCGCCCGGAACGUUACCCCUUUUGGCGUCGCUUGCGCCCUGCCGUUCCCAAUGAGGAAUGGGAGGCCAUUGGGCCCUCCUGGCUUGGAUGACUACAUAGCAGAGUCGAGGACGCUGCAGAGCAGUGCACAAAUCGUGCUCUGGCCCGAGAGCGCCGUGCAUUUCCAGUCCCGCAACGAGAGGGAAGAUGCAUUCAACAAGACACAGCAACGCAUGAAUCGCGGCGUCUACUACGGCAUUGGCUUUGACGAGAUCGUUCAUGAAGACUCAGCAGACGGCGUCUGGAGGGCCGGCAUGAGGAGAAACGGGCUCGUUCUCCUGAGUUCAGAGGGCGUGGUGUUCGAAUAUUACAAAAGACAUCUUGUCCCAAUAGCCGAGUCGUUCUCGAUGACGCCUUCCAACGAGAGGCCGACCAUGUUCACAAUGCAGCUCAAGGCCCCAAGGGGGUGGUCGGCUCCAUCAUGGGCUCCGGGUCCCAACUACACGCGGCCCGUCGACUUCACUGCAUCCAUCUGCCUCGACUUCUCGACUUCCUCUUCGUUCGCUGGCCUGCCGUCUCGCCCCGCACUCAUCCUCGCCCCGGCCCGAACGUGGCACACGAGCAUCGGGCUCGCGAUGUGGGAGCAGGCUAAGGCGCGUGCCGAGGAGCAGGGGAGCAUGGUGCUCUGGUGCGACGGCGGCGAAGGUGGGGUAAGCGGCGUGGCCGGGAAGGGGAUGCACGCCUUCAGGCAGGUCGGCCCGGGCUCCUGGUCUCAGACCGUGAGCAUCCCGUGGCCGUUCGACCAGCGUCGCACGGUAUUCUCGGUUGUGGGGACGUCUACUGCGUUGGGUGUGGUCUGGGCCCUUGCGGAAGCACAUUCAACGAUCGUGACCAUGGGGCGGGCAGAGCGACGGUGA